AUGGUCGAGGCAACCAUCGAUAUCAGCGCCGGGGGCGUCACGCAGUCCAUCACUGCGUUCGACGCUAUCUGUAUGAUAGCCGGUCUUACCUGUAUUGGAUACACUGCAGCUCUUGUACACCGUGGACGGGGACGGCCACGAACUCUCCCACUCGAGACUACCCUAUCCUGUUUGGUUGCGUGGAUACUAUAUCUGGCAUUCGACAUCAUCGUCUUCGUAGCCAUAUCCACAAACCAAAACCCCUCCUCGGUGAUUAACAUCAGCGACCAAAACGCCAUGGUCUCCGGCUUCCAAUGGCUCGCAACAUGCCUCACCUUUCACGUCUUCUACGCCCUUAUCCACCUGAUACUGGGGGAAACGCAGACCGCCCGACCGAGUACGCCCUGGCGCAAGACACGUAUCUUCCACUGGGUCUGUCUCGGGGUCGUCGUGCUUACAGCAUGCUUGAGCUUCGUCAUGCUGUGCGUCCUAUUGAACGCCCGGAGUAUUAGAGAGGAUACCCGCAACGUUCGUGCUUACGGCACUAUCCAGGCGACAGCCGCGAUCGUUGCGUGGAUUGCUUCAGUUGAGAAUAUGGCGUGGUCGCUAUUUGUGGCGAUUAAGCAUCCGAGAUGUGUGGGAGGGCAUGUCCACCCGACGUUACUGCUCAUCACAGCCACUACAUUCUGGAGCAUCUCGAACUGUCUAAUCGCGGUCGAAAUCUCCCUCGUCUGUCUAGCCACCAACUUCGAUGUCCUGCUCGGCACAAUCUUCAACGUAUCGCUAAUUGUGGGAGGAUCGAUGCGGGUCGCCGGGGCGCUGAGCAGAAUCAUGUACUGGGCUGCCAUUGUGAUAUUCUGCUUCCGAUGGGCCAGCAUCCAGAAAGAAGGCGGACUGGGGAGUGAGAACGAUGAGGCUUUGGACAGCCUUAAUAAGAAGGAAGAAGAAGUCACAGAGACGGAGUUCCAGACGGUCUGGUAUGAAGCGGAUUCCAAGGCAUUUGUUGCGGAGUUGCCUGGUGAUUAUAAUCAGGUCUGUGAGGCUCAGAGCCAUCAGAUUGCUGAGAUGGGCUCGUCGGAGAAAUAUGAGUUGGCGGACUUUGAGUCGCUGGAUUUGAAGGAUAAAAAAGGACCUUUGGCAGAUACCGCUAAGAUAUAUAAUAACAUUCUGGGCUAUGAAGAUAGAUAUAGCCCGUGA